AUGGCACCAAUUCAAUUGUUAAUACUAGUAGUAGCUGUUAUUGUAUUGUGUGUUGGUAGUACCAAGUGUUUGGCGGUAACAAUAGCACAACAAGAAAAUAGUAGCACAAAUGAUGAUGAUCUUCAAAGGAUCUGUUCCAUGACGAAUUACCCUCCUUUGUGCUUCCAAUCCUACAAGGCCGAUCCUAGGACCCCGGGUGCGGAUCUCAAGACCCUAGCCCAAAUCGCCAUUGAUUUCUCGAAGCCUCGGGCCCAAUCCGCGUUGGAUUUAGUCACGGGCCUCCAUAAGAAUGCAACAGACAAGACUCUGGCGACCGUACUUGGUUUGUGCGUAAAAAAUUACACGCAAAGCGUCGAGCUCUUAGACCUCGCAACCGAAGCCAUGAACUCUAAGGACUAUGACGUGGUCGCGGUCCGCGGAGUCUGCGCUCGGACUGACUCAGACUGGUGCAAAUAUGGUUUCGGAAGCGAGGUCGAAGAACCAAAAGAACUCAAGAAAGCGGGUCAAGUCUUGAGGGAUUCUCUUCACCCUCUCACCAUCAUCGUUGCUGACUUGAUUCGUAGCGGGUCAAGUCAGCAGGACACCAUUUCUGUAUGA